AUGGGUGCGAACGGACUCGAGGAUGUAGGCGAAUGGGAGCAUAUGAAGAAUAAUACUGUGGACUGGCGGAGGGAAAAUGAGCAGCAGGUAGUAGGUAGUCGAUCCGCAAAGAUUGUGAAGGAUGAGACAGGCGAUUUAAAAUCACUCACUAGGAUGAUCACCAAUUACUGUCUGAACCCUGGGUCUAAUGCUGGAAUCAACGCCAACUCUGUCGUUGAGAUCGAUGCCGGAAUUCUGUUCAAGAUCUCUCCUGAAUCAACGCUCAAGGGUAUAGAUACCCUUGGUCUCGUUACCUUUGCCGCCGGAUCAGAAGGGGGCCUACAGAAAGAACCCACAAGUGUCAAGUUAUAG